AUGGAUGGGCGCCCAAAAAAACUUUUGUUCAUCAUUGGUGCCACUAACAGGCCUGACAUCAAUUUCCCCCCCUCCGUCCCGGGCCCCUUCCCCGUUUAUCUACAUCCCUCUUCCCACGAGGAAUCCCGCCAUCAAAUCUUCAAGUCGUGGGUUUUAGAAAGUCCCCGUCUCCAAAAACGCGACCCCAAACACUCCCCCAAGUACACUCAAGGAUUCCCGCGGGGCCACAUUACCGAGAUAUGCCAACCCCGGGCAAGUAUGCCAUCCGAGAAAACAUCAAAAGGUAUAAUGAUUGAUCAGUCAAAAAGAUUGAUAAAAAUAGUACAGGGUAUGUUUUUUCGCGGCCGGGUUUUUUCUGUUUCUCUCAGGAUAUCGGGGAGGGAGAAGCGAAGGAGCGAGAACCCCGAGGCCAGGAGGAAGACGCCGAGGGCGAGUAUGCUGGGGAUCAAAAAACCCCCACACUUUGAAGAAUCGAUGAAAUUUGCCGGGGGAGGUGGAGUGAGACCAAAACGCAAGUACCAGGCGGCCCCCAGACCCCGCAGCAGCCCAGGGGGUUCCCCGAAUUCCGGCCCCCGGAGAGACCGGGGGAAGCCCGGGGGGCGGCCGACCCUUUUGCAGGGAGGCUCCGGGGCAGCUGAUGGAUGA